UAUGAAAAAAUUAUGGAGAAUUUACAAAUAUAUUUCUGAUGUGAAAACUUUAAAUACUGAAAUUUUAGCAAAUUAUGAGAAGGAAAUUAUUCGAUAUUUAUUAAACUUUACAAAUAUACAUCUACAUACAAUUCUCAUUAAAAAAUAUGAUUUUUUUAAAGAGGAGAAAUCUGAAUUGAAUUACUGUGGAAUGCUGACUAAACAAUUAAUUUUUAAUAAGGAAAAUAUUCAAGAAUUUAAUCUAAAUAAUAGUUUAAUUGGAGAUUGCAAUGGUAAAAUCUUGCUGGAAUGUAUUAAGGAGAAUUGUAAGAAUUUAUCAAUUCUGAAUUUAGAAAAUUGUGGAUUUACAUCAGAAAUUGGAAAUAUUAUUGGAGAAGCUAUUGGCCAACAACAAAAUCAUCUGCAAGAAUUAAACUUGAAAAAUAACUUUUUAAAGGCCUAUAUUGGACAAUGUAUAUUUGAAAAUAUUGAACAGAAUUGUAGUAAUAUCAUGAUUUUGAAUGUUAUAAAUUGUGGAUUUACAUCAAAAAUUGGUACCAGUUUUGCAAAUGCAAUUGGAAAACAAAGGAAAUUGAAAGAGUUAUAUAUUAGUAGCAAUUGUUUGAAUGAUCAGAUUGGAAAAAAUCUAUUUUUCAAUAUCAAAGAGAAUUGUACUAAUAUUUCUGCUCUUAAUUUUGAUUGUUGUGGAUUUACAUCAGAAAUUGGAGAUAUAUUGGGCAAUGGAAUUGGUGAACAGAAGUAUUUAGUCUAUCUUAAUGGAUCUGAUAAUGAAUUUGGAAAUGAUAUUGGAAAAAAUAUUUUUUAUAAUAUAAAGAAAAAUUGUAGUCAUCUACUCACAAUGAAUUUUUGGAAUUGUCAUUUUACAUCAAAAAUUGGAAAUAUUGUUGGAGAUGCAAUUGGUCAACAAACUAACAUUCAACAUGUUUCAUUUUAUGACAAUGAAUUAGGAGAUGAUGUUGGAAAACAUAUUUGUUUGAACAUAAGGGAUAAUUGUUCAGAUAUAUUAACACUUAGUUUUGAAUCUUGUUCAUUUACUUCAGAAAUUGGAGAUGUUUUAGGUGCUGCGAUUGGUCAACAAAAAAAUCUUCGAGAUUUGGGCAUCUAUGAAAAUCCAUUUGGUGAUGAAGUCACCAAAAAUUUAUUAACAAUUAUCAGAGAAAACUGUAAAAAUAUUACAUUGCUGAAUAUUGGAGAUUGUACAGUAACAACAUUAACUUCAGAGAGCAUUACAGACAUUAUUAAUGAUGAUAAUUGCCUAGAAGAACUCAGUAUUAAAAAUAUCAAAUAUGAGUUUGAUUGUGCAAAAGAUAUAUUUUUAAGUAUUGAAAAUAGUUGUAAAAGUUUUUAUGGUCUAUGUUUUGGAAAUUGUUACUUUCCUCCUGAAUUAACAGCUAUAUUUACUGCUAGUAUCAUUAAACAAGAUAGAAUAAAAGAACUAUAUCUAUGGGAUAAUCAAUUGGGUAAUGAAGGCUGGAAAUAUGUUUUAAUGAACUUGAAAAAUAAUUGCCCAAUCCUUUCAACUUUGGAUUUAACUAACUGUGGAAUUUCUUCAGAUAUUGGAAAUGUUUUGGGUUGUGCACUCAGGAAGAAGAGAUUUAUGAAAGAGUUGUUUCUUUGGGAUAAUCAGCUUGAAGAUGAUGUUGGAAAGCAUCUAUUUCAUUGUAUAAAAGAGUCUCAUCAUACUAUAACAAUUUUAAAUAUUGAUAAUUGUGGUUUUACAUCAAAUAUUGGAGAUAUUUUGGGUGAUGCUAUAGGUCAACAAUAUGGUCUUAAAGAGUUAUUUUGCUGUAAUAAUCACUUUGAAGAUAAAGUUGGGGAAAAUAUCUUUGAAAAUAUUACAAAAAAUUGUAGAAAAAUGACAGUUAUUGAUUGCAAAAAUUGUGGAUUUACAUCAAAAAUUGGAAAUAGUAUUGGUAAUGCAAUUGGUUGUCAAAAAUAUCUUACUGAAUUGCAUAUAGCAAAUAAUCAACUUGGAGAUAAAGUUGGCAGAAAUAUAUUUCAUAAUAUAAACAAUAAUUGUGAAUUUAUUAAAUAUUUAAGAGCUUUUAAUUGUGGAUUUACACACCAAAUUGGUAGAAUCAUUGGUGAUGCAAUUGGCAAACAAACAAACCUACAUUCAAUUGAUGUAUCUGAAAAUUAUUUUGGAGAUGUUAUUGGAAAAUCUAUAUUUGCAAAUAUUAGAUGGAAUUGUUCAAAACUUACAAAAUUUGGUUUUGGUAAAUGUGGAUUUACUUCAAAAAUUGAUGCAAUUAUAGUUGAUGCAAUUGGUCAACAAACUAACCUUAAAAGCUUAUAUUUUUGGCAUAAUGAAGUGGGAGAUGUUAUUGGAAAUCGCAUUUUUCAAUCAGUACAACAAAAUUGUCAAAAACUCUCUCUUUUUAAGAUACAAAAGUGUAGAUUUUCUUUUCAUGUUGGAAAAAUUGUUUGUGAUGCAAUUGGCCAACAAAAUGACCUUGAAGUUUUGUCAAUCUGUGACAAUGAUUUUGGAGAUGAUAUUGGUAAAGAUUUACUUGAAAAAAUUUAUAAAAAUUGUCAUAAAAUCUCAUGUUUAACUAUGGGAAAUUGUCAGUUUACUUCUAGAAUAGGAAAUAUCCUGCCCAAAGCAAUUUGUCAACAGAAAAACUUGGAAAUAUUAGAUAUAAGUGAUAACAUUAUAGAAGACAGUAUUGGAACAGAAUUAUUCAAAAGUCUUGAAAACAGUUGUAUAAACCUUACCAAACUUGAUAUAAGCAAUUGUGGAUUUACUUCAGAAAUUGGAAUAAUUUUAAGUGAUGCAAUAGGUCAACAAACUUCCCUAACAUCACUCAUAAUUCAAGAUAACCUUUUAGGAGAUACUAUAGGAAAAUAUCUCUUUUCAAUUAUAGCAAAGAACAAUAAAAAACUUGAGUUAUUAAAUUUUAGCAAUUGUGAUUUUACAACAGAUGUUGGUUACAUAAUGGCCGAGGCAAUUGGUUCUCUAAAAAAUUUGAAAAUAUUACAUUGUCAGGACAAUAAAUUAGGAAAUUAUGUUGGAAAACAUAUAUUUAAGCAAAUCAAUGAAAAUUGUAGAAAUAUUGAGAAACUUAUUUGCAGUAAUUGCAGAUUUACUUCAACUAUUGGAGAUAUUGUUGGUGAUGCAAUAGGCAAACAAACUAAUAUUAAAGAAUUGUCAUUCUGGCUUAAUCUAUUGGGAGAUGAUGUUGGUAAAAGUAUUUUUCAAAAUAUUCAAAAAUAUUGUAGAAAUAUUAAAGUACUGAAUUUUGGAAAUUGCCAAUUUACAUCUGCAAUUGGUAAUAUUAUUGGAGAUGCAAUUAGUGAACAAAAGGAUCUUAAUUAUUUAUACAUUUGGAAUAAUGACUUUGGAGAUCAUUUGGGAAGAUAUAUUUUUGAAAAUCUUCAAGCAAAUUGUUAUAAUUUAACUCAUUUAAAUGUUGGAGGUUGUAGACUUACUUCAAAUAUGGGAAGUAUUAUUGGUGAAGUAAUAGGUCAACAGUAUAAUCUACAAAAGUUGGUAAUGUGGGAAAAUUCAUUAGGAGAUAAUGUCGGAGAAGAAAUUUUUAAUCAUUUAAAAGAAAACUGUAAAGAAAUUGUAUAUAUUAAUUGUAGAAUGUGUAAUUUUACUUUUCAAAUUGGAAAUUGUAUUGGAGAAGCAAUUGGACAGCAAAAACAUGUUAAGAAUUUCAAUAUGGCUGAAAACAAUCUGGAAGAUGAUGUUGGAAGGAAUAUAUUUGAAAAUAUUAAAGAAAAUUGCUAUGAUAUUUCAAUACUUAAAUUUGACAAUUGUGGAUUUACAACAGAUAUUGGAAAUAUUUUAGGAGAUGCAAUUGGCCAACAGCAUAGACUUCGAGAAUUAACAUUCUCCAACAAUCAAUUAGGAGAUGCUGUUGGAAUUAAUCUCUUUAAUAAACUCAGAGAAAAUUGCUUUAAUAUUAAAAUUUUUAAAUUUGACAAUUGUGGAUUUACAGCAAAUAUUGGAAAUAUUUUGGGAGAUUUAAUUGGCCAACAAAACAAUCUUCAAAUAUUGCAUGUAGCAAAUAAUCAAUUUGGAAAUGAUGUUGGAAAAUGUCUCUUUCAAAAUAUAAAAAAAUAUUGUGACAAUAUUUAUGAAAUUCAAUGCAACAAUUGUGGAUUUACCUCAAAAAUUGGAAAUGUUGUUUAUGAUGCUAUUGUUUAUCAUCAACAAUUAAAUUACCUUCAUAUUUGGAAUAAUCGAUUAAUGCAUAGAAUUCGAGAAAAUCUAUCUUCAAAUAUUUUAGUUAGGAACAGAUUAGGAUAAUCCAAAACAAAAUGUCCAUUUUUUAUAAUUGUAUCCAAUACAAUAGUUUUAUAUCCAAUGUAUAUUUUUGUGCUCAUUUUCAAGUUCUGAUCAAUUCAAUUUUAAGCUAAAUAGUAUACUACUCAGAAGAAAUUAAGUCUACACCACUUGGAACAUGUUUUUCCUCUUCUUUUGACAAGCAAAAGGUUGAGAUUAAAAUAGGCCUACAACAUCCAUUCCAUCUCUCAGUUUAGAAGCUGCUCCUUUUUCAAUAUAUUUUACCUAAUUCUGAGUAGUUUCAUUAGUUUGUUUGAAA